AUGAAUACUAAAAUUAUUAUCGCUGUUAUUGCUACAAUCAUUGCUACAAUCUCAGGACAAUAUUACUAUGCUCCAAGUUAUGUUCCAAGUUAUGCUUAUGCCAGUUACUAUCCUUAUGCUGCUCCAGUUGCUACAUAUGCAUCAGUAGCUGCUCCAGCACCAGUUGUUGCAGCACCCGUCGUACCAUCAGCUUUUGCUCCAUUAGCAUAUGCUUUAGGAAGUAAUAAAGGAAAAAAUGAUACAGAAGCACCAAAAGUUCAAGAAAAUGUUAAACUUACAAAUUAA